AUGGGAGGCGGAGAAGUCAACGUCGCCUACCAAGGCACCUUCAACGAUCUUGGAGACGCACAACUCUUCGGCAUGAACGACAACGACUUCGAGCAGCUCAUGGCUGCUGGCCCUGGAGCCGACAGCUUCACCGCCGUUAACAACGGUUAUACCGACGGAGUCACCGUGUCCCCAAGCGAUGUGUUUAACAACAACGACUCCUUCCCACCCUCGGCAACCUACACAAACCUGACUACCCCCGGUUCAACCUUACUCGAGACACCCGACGAGCACUAUGAGACUUCUCCCAUGUUUUCCGACAACCUUGGCCUCGACUCUCAAGGCUCUGCCUGGUACUCACUCUUCCCCGAUGAGGUAGCAGGCGGCACCACUCCGGCACCACAAAUGGCACGAACCACUUCUGCAUCUUCAGCCAGCCAGAUUGUGGUCCACCCGGGCGGAGAAGGCAACAACCGCAAGCGAAGCUCGACAACGGCUCUUUCACCAUCCCCAGCAAGCUACAGCCCUGCACUCAGGCACUCGAGCGUUGCUGGUGUGAAUGCGCGCAAGCGUGACAAGCCGCUGCCACCCAUUGUUGUCGACGAGAGUGACCAGGUCGCUCUCAAGCGAGCCCGAAACACUGCUGCCGCCAGGAAAUCACGUGCGAAGAAAGUCAACGAGCGAGACGAGAUGGAGUCCAAGAUUGCUGCCCUCGAGCAGGAGGUGGAGCACUGGAAGAGACUGGCUUUGGCUCGCCUAGAGACUGACGAGGACGCAGAAGAUUAG